CGGUGAGGAUACUAUGCAAGGAACGUCAUGCAAGAAAUGGUAAAGAGCAGACCAAAGAUUUGAACCUGUCGUAAAGAAAUGCUUGCUAAAGUUUCAACGCGAAGCAUUGCUAAAAAUGCAGUCUUUUGUGCACGGUACUCUUCAGCGAUGCUGGCGGUUGGGAAGAAGAAAACAGAGGCAUUUUCUGUUAUAGAACCUGAUGAGAUGAAAUUACGCUCAACUGUCCAGCUUCGGGGAAGGCGAUUUCUUCCCGGCGCAGACAAGAGCACGUUCCCAGAGUACUUGAGUGGACCCAGAGAGGACUUUCCUUUAGCUCUUAGAGCAGAAGGCGACUACAGUAUUCAGGAAUGGGGUAAAUUUUGCAGAGAAGAGGCAGAUGCUAAUUUGAUACAAUAUGGAGCAAUACUGUUUAGGCAGCUACCCGUAAAGUCAACGGAUGAUUUUCAACUGUUGUUUCAGAGUAUUGGCUACCCCCCUAUGAACUAUGUAGGUGGAAGUGCUCAUAGAGAAAACGUGGCGUCGCAAGUGUACUCGGCAAGUGACGAGCCUCCAGAUUGCUGUAUUGAUCUGCACAACGAAAUGUCAUACUCGCCUGUUUACAACAAUAAGUUCUUCUUUUUCUGCUUGAUACCACCAGACUAUGGCGGAGAGUCUGUGCUCUGCAAAAACAGUGACUUGUUUGCCCAACUUGACAAAAAGUACGUGGAGAAAAUAAUGAAGAAGCGGAUCAGAUAUAUCCGGCAUUGUCCUGAUGGGGCCGCCUCAAAUUACUUGUCUUGGCAAAAAGUUUUCGAAGUAACAACCAAAGAGGAUGCCGAAGAAGAAAUGAGCAGACUUGGAUUUGAAUGGGAAUGGAGAGGCAACAACUCUCUAACAUUUUGGUACUUAAAAGACGCGAUGGAGCCUCAUUAUAAAACUGGAAAGCCAUUGUGGUUCAACCAAGCACAUGCCAUGCAUGCUUCUUACUUCAAAGCUCAUCCCUCAUUUUAUGGCCUAAAAAUUCCAGACAAUGAAUACCCUUUGCAUUCCACAUAUGGCGACGGUGAGGAGUUUGAGCCUGAAUUUCUUCAACAAAUAAGAGAUGCAGGUUGGAAAAGUGCAGUUGGAAUUCCAUGGAAUAAAAACGAUGUUUUGAUACUGGACAACAUGCAAGUCCAACACGCAAGACUGAGCUUCAAGGGAAAACGGAAGAUAGUUGUUGCUCUCUCGAAUUAAAAUGGAAACAUUUUAUAUAUUCACUAAAGCUUCUGUGACUGUAUAUCAUGAUUGUGUAAAAGCUGAUUUAACGAUUGUAGACGAAAUCUAGGCCAUUGAAGGGGCGCUAAGGGGCUUCAAUGACUGUCCCUUGGUAUCACUAUGUUAGCUUGUGUUACAAUAAAACAAUUUUUAUUUACAAAAUCUCAAAACGGAUUUCAGUUACAUUUUUAUUCACAGAAAUAUGUGUUGAAUGAAUCAACUAUUUUUAAGCUUUUUCACACCAGUAGAAUACAUGCUUUUGUCAAAACUGGAAUAGGGUCUGCCCCCUUUAAGGUACUGACAGUUUGAUUGCACAAGAUAGAACCAUUGACGAGUGCUAUGCAACACAUGCUAAUUUUUAACAUAUAAAAUGACCGGUACGUAGAGAAUCAGAAAUAGCAAAAUGUUGCUGCUAAGUCUUGUUGACUCUAAAUCCACUUAACAUUGCCCUUGGCUUUUUAAAACAGAAUUGAUAAAUACAGGCGAGGUUCUAAAUGAUGGUAUGUUACAGAAACUGAGUGGACCACCACACUUUAUAUAAACUUGCAUCUAGUUUUUUGAUCAAAGAACAAAUUUUAUCAAUACCUCUACGGAAAACGUAUUUUAUAUCCCAAGAUAAGUCAUAUUUUUGUCUGACUUUUUUACAAGCGAAUCUCCCAGCUUCAUUUACUGAACUCUUAAGUCCAUCCCUUCAUCCCAAAUCAGAACAAAAAGUUGUGAUCUAAAUAUAAUUAGUAUUUUGAGAAUGGAUGUAUUGAUAAUUUUGCAGAAAUUGCUGUUUAAUAAUUUUAUAUACAUAUGCUUCAUAUGCCAGUUUUUACUAGGGGCUUGUAAGUUAUGAUUCAUUUUAAAUGAAAUAAAAAUUGUUUUUCUUUCCUAAAUAUUUACAAGG